GAAAGAAAACCAUAAGCAUAGUGGAGAAAGUCAAUUGUCAAAUAUUUCUGCCUUGGUUACUUAUAUAUAUAUAUAGAUGGGAAGAAAUAGAAGUUGAGUGUAGAUAUAGCAAUAGCGAUGGUGUCAUUGAAGGUACAGAAGCGGCUGGCUGCUAGCCUUCUUAACUGUGGAAAGGGUAAAGUAUGGCUCGACCCCUGCGAGGCCCUUCUUAUCUCCAUGGCAAAGUCCAGGAUGGACAUAAGAAAGCUUGUAAAGGAUAAUCUUAUUAUAAAAAAGCCUAACAUAAGUAGAUCGGGAUGGAGGUACAGGAAAGGUAAGGAUGUUGGGAAUCCUAGGAGAAAAGGAUAUGGGAAGAGAAAGGGAACAAAGGAAGCAAGGCUACCAUCCAAGCUUUCGUGGAUGAGAAGAGCUCGAGUCCUAAGGCGACUCCUUCGAAAGUACAGGGAAAUGAAGAAGAUUGAUAAGCACCUGUACCAUGAAUUUUAUAUGAAAGCCAAGGGAAGCGUUUUUAAGCAUAAACGUGCACUUCUUGAGGCCCUUCAUAAUAAGGCUAAGAGUGAGAAGGAUCAGAUGGUUCAUUUUGAUCAGGUUAUAUCUAUUAAAGCCAUGGGUAAAUUAGGUAGCAAGGAGACUAGGGUUCCACGGAGGAAGCAAUGUUUGAGUCCACCUGUGGAAGUUAUUGAUGUGUUGAAUAAUGCUUAUUUAGUUUGAAAGGGUAUGUAUGAAAUAAAGUUGAAGUAAUAAUGCUUAUUACAUCUAUAAAUUGGAUUUCGGAA